AUGACUGAAGUAAAUCCGGAAUCCGUUCCGGUGACCAAACCUUUAGAUCCAUCGAAAAAAGUUAAAGAUCCACGUCGUGUCGAAGCAGGAAAAAGAUUAGCUAAAAUAAGUCAACAGGCCAAAGCUGCGAAAAAAUUAAAGGCCGAAGAAAAUUUAAAAGCAGAAGUUCGUGACGAAUGUAUGACGGAAGGAAGUGGAUGGAUUUCCGUCGAAAGAUUAUGUGUGGUUCUCGGACUGGGAAUCGGGUUGGGAUCGUUGUAUUUAGCGUGGAAAAACCUUCAUGACAAGAAAAAUCCUGCGAAGGAUGAAAUUAUCGAUGAAAAUAAUGACGAUGUCAAAAAAGAUUCGCAGAAAGAACCGGUCGUCGACUUGUUUGACUGA